UAAAAAUUUGAUAAAAGAGAGUAAAGAGUCUUCUCUUCUUCUUCUUCUCUUCUUCUCUUUUCUUCGAUUCGUUGCCGUGAAAAAAGCAUCAGCGUUUUGCUUCUGCGAAGUGAAGGAGAUUGACAUGGAGAGAAACACUCCGGUGAGAAAGCCGCACACAUCAACCGCAGAUCUGCUUACUUGGUCGGAGGUUCCACCGUCGGAUUCUCCUUCCUUCGCUUCUCGCUCUGCCGUGCGUUCCCACCAGCCAUCGGAUGGAAUUAGCAAAGUGGUGUUUGGAGGUCAAGUGACUGAUGAAGAAGUUGAGAGCUUGAACAAAAGGAAGCCUUGCUCAGAACAUAAAAUGAAGGAGAUAACUGGCAGUGGGAUCUUUUCUCGUUACGAAGAAGAUGACGCAUCAGAGCUCUCUAGUGCCCCAAGUGCCCGAAUAUAUCAGCAAGCACUUAGUGGUAUAAGCCAUAUAUCAUUUGGUGAAGAUGGGGACUUAUCUCCUAAAAAGCCGACUACUUUACCUGAGGUUGCCAAACAGCGAGAGCUAAGCGGGACAAUGGAGAGCGAAUCAGAUUCAAAGCUGAAGAAACAGCUCUCUGAUGCUAAAUACAAAGAGAUCACUGGACAGAACAUCUUUGCACCACCACCUGAGAUAAAACCUCGAUCUGGAACAACGCGAGCUCUGGCUUUAAAGGACAAUUUCAACCUCGGAGCUGAACCUCAGAUCUCUGCUGAUGAAGACUCAUCUGUGAAGACAGCAAAGAAGAUUUAUGACAAGAAAUUCACAGAACUUUCAGGGAACGACAUAUUCAAGGGAGAUGCCACAUCAUCUUCCGUUGAAAAGCAUCUGAGUCAAGCGAAGCUGAAGGAGAUAGGAGGAAACAACAUAUUCGCAGAUGGGAAGGUAGAGUCCAGAGACUAUCUAGGUGGUGUUCGUAAACCGCCAGGUGGCGAGACAAGCAUCGCCCUUGUUUAAAUACUCUCUUUUCCGGAAACAUCUUUAAGAUUGCUAUUGAUCGGUGUCUGUUCUUGUGGUAUCCCAUACACUUCAGCUCAGAUUGUGAUUUGUAUUAUGCAGUUUCGUUAAUUACUUGGUUAUGGUGA